AUGGUUCGUCUUCCAGCUGCUCCAGUUUUGCUGGUCGCCGCACUUUCAGCAGCAUGUGCAGACGCUCUCGCUACUACCACAACAAAAAUCGAGCUUCGUCCAAAAGCGAAGCAAAAACUCACCUCCAGAAGUGCCGUUUCGAUCGUGCGCGGCCUUCAGAGGGGUGAAAAUGCUACUGCAGAGGAGGUCCAGAUUGUGAACAACAACAACAUGAUGUUCUAUGGAGACAUCAGUAUCGGAACGCCCGCUCAGAAUUUCACGGUUGUCUUCGACACCGGCAGCAAUGACCUCUGGGUCCCUGGUCAACACUGCCCUGAUGCUUGUUGCAAAAACCACAAGCAGUUCCAUCCACGUGAGAGCACCACGUUUAUCUCCACCGGAACUGGACAAGACCUCUUUUACGGCACUGGAGCUGUCCGCGCCCGUUGGGGUGUGGAUAAGGUGAAGAUCGGAGAUCUCGAGGUGCCGUGGCAAGGAGUGGGCGUGACGCAAAGUUAAGCAUUGGAAGUUGACCUAGUAUCUAAGAGCAUACCUAGUAAAAUUAUAGGUCCUUUUGAACUUCUGUUGACCUAUCUACUAAGAGCAUACCAUGUGGAGACCUUUUGAAGGGGCUGCAAUGACAUAGUAGAUAUUCGAGUUACUUAGAUCGGUCAACUUACUGCAACCGCUAACAACAGGAGACGGAUUUCCCGUUUAAGGACUCGCCGAUGGACGGGAUCUUGGGACUGGGACUCAACAUGCGCAGAGCGUCGCAGAAAUACAAACGCGACUUUCAUCGCCCAAUCCUGGACAACAUGAUCGAUAAGGGCGUGAUCACUGUACUAUUUUUCAUUGCGAUUUAUUGCUUUCAUCGAUCUUUAUUCUCUUGAAAAAACAUGGAUGAAGAGAAUUUGGCGAUAGUCGCGAGAACUUCUCGUCUUAGCAUCAUCGUCACCAUCAUCACCAUUUUUCCUUCCAUCCUUCCAAUGACAUCAAUGUCAUCAAAACAAUACAGCACAACCAAUUUGGCUUCUAUUUUUCCGGGAACCCGACCAAACCUGGCUACAUGACCCUUGGCAAGAUCGACGAGAGCAAGAUCAUCCCUGGUUCCAAGAUGUUCUGGUCUAAUGUCACCAUGGAUGGACGCUGGACCAUCGAUCUCGUCGAUGUCAAGGCUCACGGUUCUGAAUUCGGUUUUUGUGGUGAGCAAGGUUGCACCGGAUUGGUUGAUACUGGAACCAGUCUGAUCACUGCUCCGAAGAAGUUCAUUCCGACGAUGAACGAAGUGAUGGGAGUCGAGGAAGACUGCAAUGGGUUCGACAAUUUGAAACCGUUGACGUUCGUUUUCAGGGAUGCGGAAAAACCAGGUGAAUUGUACGAGUUGGAUCUGCAACCGAAAGACUACAUGAUGGAGGAGAUGAACCCGGAAACGGGGAAACGCCAGGCCUGCGCAAUGGGGAUUAUGUUAUGAGAUCAUGGAUAUUUGUAUUUCUUCUUUCGGAUCUAAUGUUAUCUAGCAAUAAUCGCUUUUCGAGGACCUCCAUCCUUUCCUUGAAAUUGCAUAUUUUUCUUCCUCUAACUUCCCCCGCCGAGAUGGGUUUUGGACGUGAGGAGAAGUCGCAGAAGGGCAAACCAGCUUGGAUUCUGGGUGACGUAUUCAUUCGUGCGUUUUUCACCGUGUUUGACCGUGACAAUCUGCGUGUCGGAUUCGCGAAAGCUGACCACAAGGAAGAUGGUGAAGAACAAGUGAUGGCGGAGACUGUUUCUAAGGGAGAGGAAGAGCAGAAGGAUGAGGAGGUGGAAGAAUUUGCUCAACAACAAUCUACAUCCGCCAAGACCACUACAUCCGCUCAAGUCGAUGCGAUGCUGAGCAGCAAGCCAGUCGAGUACCUAACAGAGGUGACUACUUCUAAGAACAUCAAAGAUGUCGAUACAACCACCGCUACAGAAGAAAAGAAGUCUGUGCGGGACAUCAUCCGUCAUUUAGCUCCUACCGUGCCAGUUGAAGCUGUUGAGGAGGCUGCGCCGUUCUCAUUCCUCGAGAAGAAGCAUGCUGGACAAUCAUCUCACCAGCUGCUCAAGUUGCACAGUGUUGGUGUUCACAUUGAUAACCUUGGUGGAGAUGGAGAACAGCAAUCUGCACAUGAUCAGAGGUCCUUUUUGGAACAGCACGAUGACCUGGAUGCGUACAGCUUCGCUGGCGCGACAACAGAUCCAUCCUCUGAUCCGGAAGAUCCUCUGCUACUGGAGACCAAGCACAACAAGCAUGAAAUGCCCACGACGGCGCUUUUUCGCCACGCCUCUGGGCCAUUCGACAUGCAGGCUGCCGCACCGUUUGUGUGGUAG